AAACAUAAAAAUGAUUAUUGCUUCAAAACAUUGUGUCGGCUUUUAAAUUUAGUCUCAAACUUUUCUUUGUUCCUUUUGAAGCUUGAAAUUUAGUUAAAAUUGUUGUUCGGCCAAAUUAACAUAAAAAGUUAAAAGGUACACAUCGUUUUUAAUUUGUAGAAUUACCUACACGAGGCUGAAGAACUACAUUUUUGCAAAAUAUUAUUUUAUGUGUUUAGGAUAUGCUAUAUAUGUAGAUAGAGUAAAAGUAAAGAUAAUAUUAGCUACACUUUCGGCUGUGUGGCCGAAUAGGCAAAGGAUCUCGAUUAACCUUUAGGAAGGUGAAAGCAUUCAGCUCCGUAAACCACAUAAAAGUUUUUUAGAUGUUAUUUCUAACCGCUAUAAAUCGGUGGAAAAUUUUAGUUUACUCUACAUAUGAUGAUUGUGAGUUCAUUGUAGAGCAAUCUUUGCCGCUGGGUAUCGAUAUUUAUCAAAAUCGAAUAUUUAUAACGACACCACGUUGGAAAGAUGGGGUGCCGGCAAGUCUGGGGACAAUACCGUACCCACCUUCUGAAAUUAGCCCUGCUCUUAAGCCGUAUCCUAAUUGGGAGGCGCAUAGCAGUUCCUAUACACCGGAUUGUGAUAAGCUAAUAUCCGUUUAUCGAACUUAUGUUGACGUUUGCCAGCGUUUAUGGUUGAUUGACUCGGGAAUAGUAAACGCGACUAUGGAACGCAAUCAGAUAUGUCUGCCAAAAAUUGCGGUCUAUGAUUUGACAACUGACCAAAAAUUGUUCAGCUAUGAAUUUCCAUCAGAGCAUGUAAAAGAAGAUAGCUUGUACACAAAUAUUGUGGUUGAUGUUGCCUCCGAUCGCUGUGGAGACGCUUAUGCUUACGUCACUGAUGUUUGGCGUUUCGGAAUUGUUGUUUAUAGUUUAGGCAAAAAUCGAAGUUGGCGUGUAACAAAUUUUAAUUUCUUUCCGAAUCCAGCAGCCUCAGAUUUCCAGAUAUACGGCCUGAAUUUCCAAUGGCUAGAUGGCGUAUUUGGUAUGAGCCUUUCUCCUUCUUCCCUUCUCGGAGCGGAGCGGUUCCUAUAUUUUCAUCCUAUGGCCAGUUUCAAGGAGUUUAUGGUGUCAACUGCUUUGUUGCAAGAUGAAAGUGUUUGGCCGGACAAAGCUCAAAAAGUAGCCAAGGCCUUUAUAGAGAUUGGGGAUAGAGGUCCCAAUAGUCAGUCCUCCACAUCCGGUAUAGCGCGUAAUGGAGUAAUGUUUUUCACUCAAGUACAUUUAGAUGGUAUUGCCUGUUGGGAUACGGCCAAAAGCUAUAGUAGGAACAAUUUACAAAAGCUUUUCUACAUAAAAACUAAUAAUGAGUCUUCACCUCUGAGUAGCUUAAUACAAUUCCCCAACGAUUUGAAAGUGGACGGAAACAUGGAUGUACAGAGUGUAUGGGUGGUAAGCAAUCGCUUGCCCAUCUUUUUAUACAGUCAGCUGGAUUAUAGCGAUAUUAAUUUUCGCAUACUUCGCGCUAAUGUUAGCGAAUUAGUAAAGGAUACAGUAUGUGAUCCACUAUAAGAGAUGAUCAAUUUCAUCAGCUCAAACACAAGCACAGAGGAUCACUGCCAUCAAACUUUUACAAAAGAAAACCGAACCCCGUCGUGAAAAAAUACUUUUAUAAAAUUUAAGAAAACCUACGUGUUAAAGUAACUUCUUUAUUUAAGGUUUAUCAAUAUGAAAUUCAAAUGUAAAUCGU